AUGGCCGUCUUCUGUCUGUGGUGGCAGCAUGAGCUCCCAGCCGUGUUGCUGAAAUUGAUUGCGGCCGCCGCGAAGGACAUCAUGGACGCAGGGAAUUGUUGUCACGCUACCUGUACCGUGCUGAAACGUUGGUGGACGGCCUGGAUGGCCGAAGGCAAUACUGCGGGUCGCGGGGAUGCUGAGCUGGCUGUAAAGCGAACUCUUACAAGCGAAGCUGAAGACCUGCGCGAGGUGCUUCAGGCCUCGCCUGGUGAGUGCGAGGAUUGCAAGAUGCGCGAGGUGUUGCAGCUGUUUGCCGGGCAAGGUAUUCCAUCUGUCGACAACAUUACGCUUCUGCACCCAGCGGCACACUUGUUUUACAAUUUGUACAGGGAGAAGAAGCCUCCCGGCGGGUGGCAGGAAGCCGGCGAUGGUGUUCUGUUGUGGCCGGAAUUGGACGCCGAGUUCGAUCCGGACCAGGGUCAGCCCAGUCGAAGCGAGUAUCUCCGAGCUUGCGGAGCCCUGCUGCCAAGGUUUCUCGUGGUGAUGGCAGAGAUAUCAGAUGGAUGGUUUCAGCAUCAGAGAGUCAGCUGGUCCUGCAUUGCUUGCGACUGUCUUGCUUUGCCAGUGAACCUCAAAGGAAGACAGUUUGACCGGGUCUUCAGCUCGAACGUGGCAGAUCAUGUCGGUGUACCAGCUUUGGCGCUGGCUCUUGCCCCCUUAGGGGGUGAGCUCCAGGUGUGCUUGAGCAACAACCUGCGGGCUUUGGAUGCCGAACGUGGCGACAUCAAAUCGCUUUUUCUCAAAAUGCACGGGAUCACACUGGAAGCCGGCGUUGCAGCUUUAGGCUUUGCCUCGCACUCUGCUGACCAGGACAAGGUCUACCUGAAGCCGUGCGAGGUUCAAACACCUGCUGCUCUUGAAGCAUUGCGCAGAUGGCCUGCAGAGAGCGCGCGACGGCUGUAUCGCUGCCCUCGGGCAGAUGGUGAAACACUUCGCCGACGCAUGGCCUAUGGAGAUUGCAUGGGCAUGGCAAUCAGAUACGCUCGGCGCUUCACAGUCUCGCCGGUUUCCGUAAUGCUCAUUGCCCGGAUCAUCGAAAGGAUGGCUGCAGUUCAGCCCGAAGCUGCCGUGGAGGUUCAUGCCAUGACACUGGAUGUCCUCAUGGAAAUGGACGAGGACACGCGGAGUGUGCUGACGUGCUGUGCUCUGACGGACUUGGCGGCUGAGGAAGCUGCUGUCGUGCACAAGCGGAAGAUGGCGGACUUCCAAGAAGGUGAACUUGUCGAAGGUGUCGUUUCUCGAGACUGGGAUGAUUGCAUUCAUGUUGACAUUGGCGCUGCUGCUGAUGGUAUCCUGGAGAAGGGUAACUAUAUAGGUGCCGCUGCUCCGGGCGGCUUGUACUGGCCGGGAACUCGCUUGAACGUCACAGUCUGGAGUACAACAAAUCACACAAUCUCCCUGCGACUGCACCGAUACGACAGCUGCAAGUGUCACCUGUGCUUCCAGCCAGAAGCUGGUUCCGUGCCCCACAAUCGCCACGUUCAAUGCUGCAAUGUCGGGCGAGGUGUGCCGCCCCUCUUUGAAACAGAAGGUAAACGGAUGCACUGCGUGGUUGGGCCGGUGCCGCAGACUGUGCACGAGAAGGUUCAAGCUCUCAUCCAACAAGGCAACACCUACUGGGACACAUGGGCAGAGAAGUCUUCUCGACCGCAGCAGAAGGGGCGCUUGCAUGGAGUCGGCAUCCAGCUGAGCAGAAACAGGACUUUCCCUGGCACAGCAGAACUGCGAGGCAAGUGCAACGAGGUGCUGGCUGAUUUGCUGGACACGGACAUGGUGAAAGUCCUUGAGAAUGCAACGAAUUCAGAUGUGUGGCAGUCAUUCCGCUGGUAUAAGCCCCCGGCGCUGCCAAAGAAAGAUCCAGGUGUCGCGGCCGUCGAUCCAGCUGACGGCGGAUCAGUGCAGACGUAUGUGGGCCAAGGCUACAUGGCAGUUCUUUCCAACUGCAGCGAAAACCAUUCGCCGCCGCCACCGGUGGCAAAGCUCCUAGGUGUGCCUUCGUGCAAAGAGACUUGCCCGACGUGCAGGUCGAAAGGCUGCCAAGCAUGUGAGGAGUGUUGUGUGCACGUUGACCAAGACCACUCAGCAUCGCUGCUGCUGGGCAUUCAGGAGAACGAUCCUGUCAUUGACCAGAUGGCGUUUUUCGUCAUGGGCAACAAAGCUUUCCCUUUGGCAGGUGGACGAGCUUUUAUCUUCGACGGCAAGGUGGUGCCUCACGGUGUAUGGUGCAUGCGAGGCCACUACCAAGGCAUGGCAUUCGUCAAGAAGGUUCCAUACAAGCGAGGCAGAAAAGACGUGGAAGGAUGCAGUCCCUCACCUCACAACAUGAUGAUUCGUUUGCUCAGCUCGAGCGUGCCUCCGUGGUCGACAUCUGCGGCCAACGCUGAUGAAGAUGCUGUUUGCACGAACUCUUUAAGUCAGGGGGUGGGUCUGCGAUGGUCGCAGCUUCCAAAGAUAAUGCGGUCGCAGGUGAAGCCAUGCUCGUGGAGGCGUGUGGCGUUUGACAUUCAGCAAGAGGAGUCUUUUUGGGUAGUUCGCUCCUUAUGCGCGAUGCUGGGCAUUCCGUAUGAGAAGUUCCGCUGGGAUAAUGCGUUCGCAGCGGAUUGGAGCUGGCCAGCUGGCGGAGUAGCUGUGUACUUGGCGAUUGUUUUGGUAUUGAGUCUUGGGAUGAAGAAUGCCGCGCCUUUCGAGCUAGGCACCGUUGCCGUAAUCCACAACUUGCUUCUGUCGGUUGGCUCGCUAGUCAUGCUGCUUGGAACCCUUUUCGAGCUGAACAGACGGUGGGCCUCUUCAGGCGACUUUGGCUGGUUUUUUUGUGAAGCAGCCACGGAAUCCAAUGGCCCCUUGUUUUUCUGGUCCUACAUCUACUACCUAAGCAAGUACUAUGAGAUGUUCGAUACAGUUCUGGUGCUCUUGCAGAAGAGCAGGGUGCCACACUUCAAGCUACAAGUGUAUCAUCACGCAGCUGUGGUGCCCAUGGCUUGGUUGUGGUGCCAAUACCAACAAUCCCUGCAAUGGGGAGGCUUAGUCUUUAACACGCUGGUCCAUGUCAUCAUGUACCACUAUUACGCAAUGAAGAUCUUGAAGCGCCCGACACCUUGGAAGCGAUGGAUCACCAAGCUGCAAAUCGUGCAGUUUGCGACCAGCUUCUGCCUGUUGUGUGUCACGGCAUCGAAGAUCUAUGCCGGUGCAGAAUGCGCUGGAAUGAGAUCGCUCUUGUUCAAUGCUUCUUUCAAUGCCACGUUGAUCGUGCAGUUCAUUGGUGUGGACAAGCGGAACAAAGCUCAGUCUACAAAAGCAGAGUAG